CAGCUUUUGGACAUAAAAAGACCAAUAAUCGCAUAGGAAAGUGCCCAAUCAGAUAAACUAGAGGCUCCACAGGACUAUGACGAAGAUCAGUUGUACAUUGGAAUCCAAUCGAGUGGAGGAGCUCGACCAAUUGCUCACAGAACUCAAACCCUUGAUCCUCUCCCAUAUUUCCAAGUCCUCCGAACCAGGUGCAUCGCUCGGUAAGAAUGUCUCUCCCCAGGAGUUGUUGAAAUGUGUUCCACUGGAGACCCCAAGGACUGGGUACGGCACCAAGAGAGUGUAUGAGGUUUUUGAACAAGUAUUGGAGAAUUCUGUCGUUACAUGGCACCCCGGGUUCCUAGAUAAGCUAUAUGCAUCUACAAACCCGAUUGGAGUUGUCGCUGAUAUACUUCUGAGUCUGCUGAACACGAACAGCCACGUCUACACGGUGUCUCCCAUUUUGACCCUAAUCGAGAAGAAAGUGUCCCAUUCUUAUGCUGAACUGUUUGGCUUUAAUGGGAAGUUUGCCGGUGGAUUGACGUUUCCUGGUGGCUCAUGGUCGAAUAUAACAAGUUUGCACAUGGCAAGAUCGAUCCUAUACCCACAGACAAAGACACACGGUAAUGCGGACCAUAGAUUUGUGAUAUUCACAUCUGAACACUCACACUAUUCAUUGGAAAAGGCUGCCAUCUUGGCGGGGAUGGGUUCCGGGUCUGUCAUCAAAGUGCAAGUUGAUGCUAACGGAUGCAUGGACGUUGAGGAUCUGAACAAUCAAGUCCAGCUUGCCAAAUCCAAAGGUUUUACACCACUGUAUGUCAAUGCCACUGCAGGCACAACGGUCCUAGGCUCCUUUGAUCCUCUAGAGGAGAUUUCUGCCAUCGCAAAGGCCAACAACAUGUGGUUUCACGUCGAUGGUAGUUGGGGUGGUAACGUUAUCUUUAGUGAAACCUAUAGGCACAAGCUGAAAGGGUCUCAUCUUGCAGACUCAUUAACAGUGAAUCCUCACAAACUUCUAGGCGUACCAACCACUUGUUCUUUCUUACUCGUGCCAGACGAUCGUACGUUUCAAACGGCAAACUCAUUGAGUGCGCCUUACUUGUUCCACAAUACUCAUGCUGAUGAUUCCUUCUACGAUCUAGCAGAUGGCACCAUGGGAUGUGGCAGAAGACCUGAUGCCCUCAAACUGUACAUGAGCUGGAUGUACUAUGGCUCCAGAGGAUAUGAGGAGAGAAUCAACCAUGCGUAUGAGUUGGCUAGUUACUUCGCUAACAAAGUGGCACAGGACAAACGGAGAUUCAAGUUGAUCUCUUCAAACCCACCACCUGCCUUACAAGUUUGCUUCUUCUUCAAUAAGAAUGGUGACUUCGACGAUGAUGAGGUUAAUACCCAAACAACACGGAAAAUUGCCAACCAGCUCUAUAACUCUGGAAGGUUUCUCGUCGACUAUACGCCUGCUAGCGGAGUUGAUGGCGGAGAGUUCCUCAGAGUGGUGUUCAACAGCCCUAUAGUGACUAGCGAUCACGUUGACGAGUUAUACGAGGCCAUUGUGGCAUCGGCCAUUUGAAAGAUGUCUCCAAUAUUGAAUUAUUUACAAGGUUAUACAGCAUACAAACAGACAUAUUCAAUCCUUAUUCCCACUAUCGAGGACCUUUAGCUUAUGGUACUCCUCCACUGGGUCAAAGUUCCCCGAGCUCAGGUUGUCGAACUGCUGAUCGUAUUUGCCCGUAGAUAGAGGCGCAUUCCCUCUGAAACGUUUGGACAUGUCAAAGAACCCCUUUCUGCACUCCCAGAACGCCUUCAUCUGCGCUUUACACAGCUCUGGGAGCUUCUGUGACAACUCUGGGUUCUCAAUACACUCUGUGGGCGUGUGUCUCUCUAUCAGAACACAUGGUGAUCUUUGAAGACACACCGCAACGGCCUUUCUCUGAUCU